AUGAAGUGGGGGUUCUCCGGCUGUGUGGCAGCAUUGCUCGCAGCCACAGUCUCAGGCUGGCCCUAUGAAGAAUCCUUGGUUGACUACAACUUGAACGUGAACAACGACACCACCAAUCCAGCCGAGUAUACAGCUCCGUCGUGGCCGGGCCACAAGUAUACACCUUCUCCGAAGAACUGGCGGUUCCCCUUCUACACACUCUUCAUUGACCGGUGGGUCAAUGGUGACCCCACGAACGAUAAUAUCAACGGCACCCUCUUCGAACAUGACUUGGAUUCAACUCAAAUGCGCCAUGGUGGUGAUGCGGUUGGACUGGUGGACACGCUGGACUAUCUACAAGGCUUGGGAAUCAAGGGCAUCUAUCUCGCCGGUACUAUAUUGAUGAAUCAGCCUUGGGGAUCGGACGGCUAUUCUGCUCUCGAUACUACACUCCUCGAUCAACAUUAUGGUACCAUUCAAACCUGGAGAAAUGCCAUCGAUGAGAUUCACAAGCGCGGGAUGUAUGUCCUCUUCGACAACACUAUCGCAACCUUGGGUGAUUUGAUCGGUUUCGAGAAUUACUUGAACGUGACGACUCCAUUCUCAGUCAAGGAACACAAGACUAUCUGGAAAUCCGAACGCCAGUAUGUGGACUUCCUCCCCGGAAACGACUAUAACGAUACUUGCGACUACCCUCGCUUCUGGAACGAAACCGGUUACCCCGUCGAUCAAAGCGUUCGUGAUGAGCUCGUUGGAUGUUAUAACAGUGAUUUCGAUCAAUACGGUGACAGGGAGGCUUUUGGUGUCUACCCUGAUUGGCAGCGUGAGCUGGCGAAGUUCGCGUCCGUUCAAGAUCGUCUCCGUGAAUGGCAUCCCAGUGUUAGAGAGCGGAUCAAGGUUCACUCCUGUAACAUCAUUAAGGCUCUGGAUAUUGACGGCUUCCGUUACGACAAGGCGACUCAGUCUACUGUGGAUGCUCUCGGAGAUAUAUCGAGCCAUUACCGAGAGUGUGCUCGCAGUGUUGGAAAGAACAAUUUCUUUCUACCUGGUGAGAUCACUGGUGGUAACAAUUUUGGCUCAAUCUAUCUGGGCCGAGGAAGACAACCGAACCAGUAUCCAAAAUCUGCUAUGGAUGCGAUGGCCAUGACGAACAAGUCCAGUCAGCAGUAUUUCCUGCGUGAGAAUGACCUCCAGGCUCUUGACGGUGCCGCUUUCCAUUAUUCAGUUUACCGCACCCUCACACGCUUCUUGGGUAUGAGCGGUAAUCUCGCGGCCGGUUACGACACUCCUCUCGACUGGGUCGACUCAUGGAACAUUAUGGUUCAGAGCAACGAUUUGAUCAAUGCUGAAACCGGCAAAUUCGACCCGAGGCACAUGUAUGGCACAACAAAUCAAGAUGUGUUUCGGUGGCCCGCAAUCCAGUACGGUGUGGAGCGGAACCUUUUAGGUCUCUUCAUUACAACUCUGCAAAUGCCAGGAAUCCCGCUGCUGCUUUGGGGAGAAGAGCAAGCCUUCUACAUCUUGGAUGCCACGGCAGAUAACUACGUUUAUGGACGGCAAGCCAUGUCACCUGCUACAGCCUGGAGAACUCACGGCUGUUGGGCUCUUGAUGCGACCCAGUAUUAUGACUGGCCCAUCGAACAGGGCCGACAGGGCUGCCACGACCCAAAGGUGGCGUAUGAUCACCGUGAUCCUUCCCACCCUGUUCACAACAUUAUCAAGCAUAUGUAUCAACUGCGACAAGAGUUCCCUAUCUUGAACGACGGCUACUCUCUGCAGACCCUCUCAAAGCAGACACGGGAUAUCGUUUACCCAGGAUCGAAUGGCACAGCUACCGAAACGGGAAUGUGGUCCAUUUUAAGAGACAGAGUAUCUAGUCUGCAGAAUCUAGGCGAUGAGGGUGGUAACAUGCCGGUUUGGCUUGUCUACCAGAAUGACAACAAGACUGUGGAGUACAAGUUCGAUUGCGGAAGCAAUGCCAGCGCCCUAAUCUCGCCAUUCACAACGAAGACAACCGUCAAGAACCUCUUCUACCCAUUCGACGAACACACCUUGAAGUCUGGACCCAAAGCACUUCACCUGAACGGCUCGAAGGAACUUAAUGGAUGCCUGGACAGCAUCACCUUGAAACCAUUCGAAUUCAGGGCUUAUGUCCCAAAGGCACAGUUUGUCGAUCCCCGCCCCAUGAUUACCAAGUUCAAUCCCGGGCACGAUGCUCCCUUGCUCUCCACAGUAGCCGCAGGUGAAUCCGAGGAUAUCAAUGUGAGCAUUGAGUUCUCUACAGCAAUGGACUGUGACGCUGUAACGAAGGCUAUUUCAUUCACCUCGCAGACCGAGUCUGGCAAAACACCAUCCAUCGACAAAGGUAGCGUUGAUUGCAAGACUAUGACCGCAAAUGACACCCAAUAUGUUGCUCAGCUGCCCAGCGCUUGGUCUUGGUCAGCGAAACUGACUGGGGUUUACAACGGUGUUCAUCGUUUGACUGUGAAGAAUGCUACCGGUUCUGGUAGCAAAUCCACUCAGUCCACAGAUCACUUUCUUUUCCGCGUUGGUCAGAGUGACAAUCCCAUCGUUUUUACCUCUGCCAAUUACACAACGGGUCUAGUGCACGGAAAUGAGAACGGAUCCCUCUACGUCCAACACAGGGCGGCGGGUGCUAACAAAUGGCGUUAUUCAACGAAUUGGGGCAGUUCCUUCUCCGCUUGGAUGAACUACACUGGAGGCAACACUACCAUUGACGAAUUGCCUUGGUCCGGAACGGACAAACAGAAGUGGCAAGGAAAGCAUGUGCGAGUCGAGUACUGGAGUCAGUUAACUGGCAGCAGUGACUACGUUCAGGAGGGUGACUAUGACUGGAAUGGUCCUGCGCGACGCUUCCCGCACCUUUUCUUCAACGGACCAUACAAUCAGUACGGAUACGAUGCAGGGCUGAAUAACGUUGCCAAGCAGGACAGUGAUGGUUUCUGGAACUUCCGAGUCAUCGCUGAGUAUCCAGCACAGGGUCAAUUCAACGUCUGGGGCAUGAACCCGGAUGGUAAACCUGACGAAAGCUUCGUGUUCGGUGACGUUGAUGGCGAUGGAGUCUUGGAUCGCAUGCCUCCGUCCUCUCUCAGCAAACUGUCUGUCAACAUCACAGAUAUUCCUCCGUCGCCUUACUUGGUCUGGAAUGUUAAGGUUGAUGAUGGCACUAUGAAGAUCAAUCUGGUGCCCACUGGAUCAAGAAUCGCUCAGAUGAUCAUCUACAUCAUUUUGUGGGUGGUCCCGCUUUUGACCGCGAUUGCUGUGGUUUAUGCCUUCAUGAAGUCCUUCUACCAAGUCAAGUUCAAUCAGGUCGGAGUGAUGGAGAAGAAGUCAUUCCUUGGCAUGAUCCUCGGCAAUAAGCGAGAUGGCCAGUCGUCGAAUCCUCUGAUUCGCUUUGCGAACAAGUCAGGAUUUCUGCAAAGUACAUCUGCGUUUGGUGCCGCUGCCUCGCGUACACGAACCACGCUGAUUGCGACCAUGGAGUACGAUAUCGAGGACUGGGGCAUCAAGAUCAAGAUUGGUGGUCUUGGUGUCAUGGCCCAGCUGAUGGGAAAGCACCUUGGACAGCAAAACUUGAUCUGGGUCGUGCCAUGUGUUGGUGGUGUCGAAUACCCGGUCGAUCAGCCAGCGGAUCCGAUGUUCGUGACGGUGCUUGGUAACUCGUACGAAGUCAAGGUUCAAUACCAUGUGAUCAAGAACAUUACAUAUGUUCUUCUUGACGCACCGGUAUUCCGCCAACAAUCGAAGGCGGAACCUUACCCUGCCCGUAUGGACGACCUGGACAGCGCAAUUUACUAUUCUGCUUGGAACCAGUGCAUAGCUGAAGCCAUCAAACGUUUCCGGAUUGAUCUAUACCACAUCAAUGACUAUCACGGCUCAAUUGCUCCACUCUAUCUUCUUCCACAAACAGUCCCGGUCUGCCUUUCGCUUCACAACGCUGAGUUCCAGGGACUUUGGCCUAUGCGUACUCAGAAAGAGAGAGACGAAGUCUGCUCAGUUUUCAACCUCGACAUUAAUACAGCACGCCGUUACGUUCAAUUCGGCGAGGUCUUCAAUAUGCUUCAUGCGGGCGCAAGCUAUCUUCGUGUUCACCAGCAGGGCUUUGGUGCUGUUGGUGUCUCCCGUAAAUACGGCAAGCGGUCAUAUGCUCGCUAUCCAAUCUUCUGGGGCUUGAAGAAGGUGGGAAAUCUACCAAAUCCUGAUCCUUCUGACACGGGUGAAUGGAACAAAGAGCUCCCCAAGGACAGUGAAAUCGAAGUUGAUCCUCUCUACGAGGCAAGCAGAGGCGAAUUGAAACGGCAAGCACAGGAAUGGGCAGGUCUAGACCAGAAUCCUAACGCAGAUCUUUUGGUCUUUGUUGGGCGAUGGUCUAUGCAAAAGGGAGUAGAUCUUAUCGCUGACGUGAUGCCUGCUGUCUUGGAAGCACGUCCGAAUGUUCAACUGAUCUGUGUUGGGCCAGUUAUUGAUCUCUAUGGUAAAUUCGCUGCGUUGAAGCUCGAUCAGAUGAUGAAGGUUUACCCUGGGAGAGUAUUCUCCAAGCCUGAGUUUACAGCACUUCCACCGUAUAUCUUCUCUGGAGCUGAGUUCGCGUUGAUCCCGUCUCGUGAUGAACCUUUUGGACUUGUUGCGGUGGAAUUCGGCCGCAAAGGAGCCCUUGGUAUUGGAGCUCGUGUGGGAGGUCUUGGCCAGAUGCCUGGUUGGUGGUAUAAUAUUGAAUCGACAACAACGUCUCAUCUGCUGCACCAAUUCAAGCUUGCAAUCGCGAGUGCAUUGAACUCGAAACCCCAAGUUCGGGCUAAGAUGCGCGCGCGGUCUGCGAAGCAACGGUUCCCUGUCGCACAGUGGGUGGAGGAUUUGGAAAUUCUCCAGUCGACUGCGAUGCGCAUUCAUAGCAAGGGCCUGACCAAGUCAAAUAGCCAGCCACUGACGCCUUCUGGAUACAACACCCCGAGUGGUCUGAUGACGCCUACCAUUGCCUCUUCCGGACACAUUACUCCCAGUGGAGUACAAACCCCUCCUCUUACGCACUCGCGCGAGGGAAGUUAUUCGAAUAUCAACCGUUUGAGCGCGUACGGACCACAGCAGCGAAACACAAUUGUGUACAGUCGCGACCCGAGCCCAGGCGCCAACGAAAAGCCCAAAUCAGGAUUAAGCAGAACGCUGUCGCUUGGUGUACGGUCCGGACCCGGUCACCUCGUUCGUCGUGGUCGCCGUCGUUUGAGGAGAAGCAUGGGCCAUGAAGACCCUGCCAACAAUUCGAACACCGAGGAGAGUAGUGAUGACGACUUCAUCCCCAGCUACUAUGGCGAGGAGGAGUACACACUCACUCCUGAACAAGCAGAGGAAGGACGCAGAACCGAUGCAACCCCUCAAUUGGACAUGCCUCGACAAACGCCGCCUAGGGAUUUUUUCAGUCGCAGACAGUCCAGUCAAAGCUCGCUUCCACCCAGGCCCAUGUUGACUACAACCAGCCCCGGAAGUCCAGAACCCGAAGAAGCUCUUGUGUCGCCCGUGAGACAGUAUGCCAACGAGCCCGGUAACCGACUCAGCAGUGCCUCUGUUCUUUCCGUUGAUACCAUCAUUGGAGAGAAGAAAGAUUACAAGCUGCAGAAGGUCGAUCCGUUUUUCACCGACAGCACUGGUGAGUACUACAAGGCGUUUGAGAAAAGGCUGGAGAAUCUGAAUGGCUCAAACUCUGAAUCUCAGCUCUGCAUUGAGGAGUACCUUAUGAAGAGUGAGAAGAAGUGGUUUGAUAAGUUCAGAGAUGCCAGACUUGGCCGCAAUCAAUCGCCCGCCUCUUCCGUCUUCCACGCGAAAAUGGACAACAAUUCACCUAUGAGUUCGGUCAGGGCCGAUGAGAUGGGUUCGCAGGAAAGCAGAAGCCCUGAGCGCAGAGAGAAGGAUGAAUUUCUCCUAGGGAAUGAUUACGUUCCUCCAUCUGGUCUUCGAAAAUGGAUGCAAAUCCGGAUUGGUGACUGGCCUCUGUAUUCCUUCUUCCUUGGUCUCGGCCAGAUUAUCGCUGCCAACUCUUAUCAGAUCACACUGCUCACGGGCGAGGUGGGAGAAACAGCAGAGAAACUUUAUGGUAUCGCGACAGUUUACCUCGUCGCUUCCAUUGUCUGGUGGUUCUUCUUCCGAUCAUUCAAGUCGGUCUUUGUUCUAUCGCUUCCUUGGCUUUUGUACGGUCUCUCAUUCGUCAUCAUCGGAGUGGCACAUUUUGAGCAGGAUGGAUUUGCUCGCGGUUGGAUUCAGAACGUGGGCGCAGGUGUUUACGCUGCGGCCUCGGCCAGCGGUUCGUUGUUCUUUGCGCUGAAUUUUGGUGAUGAGAACGGCGCACCGGUCAAGGAAUGGGUGUUCCGGGCAUGUAUAAUUCAAGGAUGCCAGCAAGCCUAUAUCAUUGGUCUGUGGUAUUGGGGUACAGCCAUUUCUCAGGCCGUUGAGAGUGGUGCUACAAAUGUCCAGGGUGAUAUCACGAACACCUGGAAGAUGACAGCUAUUUGUCUUCCUAUCGCUGCCUUUCUUUGGGCCAUUGGUCUGCUGCUUUUCUUCGGUCUUCCGAGCUACUACCACCAGACCCCGGGUAAAGUGCCCUCAUUCUACCAAUCUGUAUUCCGGCGCAAGAUUAUUCUCUGGAACUUCGUGGUCGUCAUCGUCUCAAACUUCUUCCUCAGUGCACCGUAUGGACGCAAUUGGAGCUUCCUCUGGAGUUCUGCCCACGCCAAGCCCUGGGAGGUGGGAGUGCUCUGCGUGGUCUUCUUCGGAUUCGUUUGGGCCGCCUGGCUCUUCCUAUUCGGUUAUCUCUCGAAAACGCAUAGCUGGAUCCUUCCAGUCUUUGCAUGCGGCCUGGGUGCACCGCGCUGGGCACAGAUAUGGUGGGGUGUCUCCGGUAUUGGGUUAUUCCUACCCUGGGCCGGUAGCUACACAAGCGGUGCUCUCGUGUCGAGAGCUGUUUGGCUGUGGCUCGGAGUGUUGGAUUCCAUCCAAGGCUUAGGAUUCGGUAUGAUAUUGUUGCAAACCAUGACCAGGAUGCACAUCUGCUUCACGCUUCUUGCGUCUCAGGUGUUGGGAUCGAUCGCCACAAUCUGCGCAAGAGCAUUUGGGCCAAAUAAGAUCGGCCCGGGCCCAAUAUCGCCAGAUAUCACAGCCGGGGUCAGCUCAAUUGCUAAUGCCUGGUUCUGGAUUGCACUUUUCUUCCAGCUGCUCAUCUGUGCUGGGUACCUCAUGUUCUUCCGUAAAGAACAGCUCACAAAGCCCUAA